AUGGACAACUUGACAACAAUCGACACCCCACGCAGCAUCCACUCCGACCAGGUCUUAGGACGUCAUCAGUUCCUACUGGAGAGUCCUGGUCUCGCCAUUCCUUGUAUCAUUGUCUUAUCUUUCGGGUCAAUCGUGGGGACUUUUGGAAAUGUAUUGGUGAUUGUCGCUGUAGCCACACAGAGGCCAUUACAGAACAAGGAGUCUAUAUUUAUUGUCAACCUCGCCGUAUCCGAUCUGUAUAUUACAACGGUAGCUGAUCCCAUGGGCAUCGUUGCUAAGCUUGAAGGUGAACAGUUCUUCGACAGUAUUCCUGGACUUUGCCGGACAAUUGCCUCCAUAUGCACAGUGUCGUGUAUUGUAUCACUGGGGUCCAUAGCCUGCCUUAGCUUUAACAGGUAUAUACACAUAUGUCAUAAUCGCCACUACAAUCGGAUAUUUACCGCCCGGAACUGCGUCAUUAUAUGUGGCGCCCUCUGUAUUCUUGGUAUCACCAUGGUACUUCUCAAUCUGGCGGGAAUUGGUGACCAUAGUUUCGACCGUAAGAGUCUGGAGUGUAUCUGGGACAGGAUGGCCACAUUUCCGUAUACAGUCGUUUUCUCAGUCACUCUUGUUUGGGUUCCAGUUCUUGUGACAGGGAUUUCAUACAUCAAUUUGUAUAUGUUUGUUUUGAACAGUCAGAAACGCGUUCAACAACAUUCUUUACAGCCCACUUCAACGGGAACAAUCUUUCAAAAGCAGGGUGAUGACAAAAACGGAAGUGAAGAACAUCGCCAUCUCGACCGGUUUUCAAUUCCAUCAGUUAUGCAGAAAAAGGCUGUUCGAAAGUCCCUUCAUCUCGCCCGCACUAUAUUUGUAGUGUACGCUGUGUUCUCCGUUUGUUGGAUUCCUUUCGCUAUACUGAUGGUAGUAGAUACACACAACACUUUCUCGCAUGCCAUACAUUUGUUUAUCACAGUGUUUGCACAUCUCCAUCCCUCACUUAACUGGCUUGUGUAUUACGUUACCAACAAAAAAUUUGCAGUUGCCUUCGACAAAUUGGUGUUUAUGAAAAAAUGGGUUCCUCGACAACGUCCAGCUGAACCAUCACGUAACAUACAUAGUACAUCGAUCUGUUAA